GCGGGCUUAAACUGCGCAGACGCUAAGUGGCGUACCAGUUCAUCAGAUGCCGAGUUUCCGUUAUUUUCGGAAUAUUGACCGUCACUGAUACUGCACUGCACCAAUUGGUUCCAUGAUGCUGGCGAUUACUGUUCUGAUGUUUCUGUUGGGAAGGAUCGAGUUGGGGGAGGCACUGGAGUGCACACAGUGUAUGUAUAUUACCGAUACAGGUGGUGAUGAGUAUGCACAGGGCGUUAUCCAAAAGAUGUAUGCAAGUGUGAUGGACGCUGGGUGCGCCAAGAACCCCACCUCUGUAACUAAGACAAUUAGCUGCGACGGUUCCUGUGCGUAUGCUGAAGUCAACACAACCACUCAAAUAGACGGAAACUCCACGAGCGUUGGUGUUGUGUAUCGAAGUUGCAAUCCCUCAAAGAGCGUGAAUGAAGGAUGCAAAACUUUAAGUUCGAACGACGUACAGAAUCUUCAGGCUGUUCUGGGAGGCGGUCUGACCAUAGGACAGAAGGUCUCUGGGAGGAUGUGUUUUUGCAAUAGCGACAGCUGUACACAAGAUGCUUCGUCUCUACCUGCACUUCCCAAAGCCCCGCAUACCCAAUGUCACGUGUGCACUUACAUGAAGUACGAAACAUCCGACAGCCAGAUGCAGAAGACCUUCGAUCAAAUCACCCAAGCAACCAGCGUACGCGAGUGUCUGGACAAAGGAUCGGAGACUCCCACAAAGUUCUGCGAAGGUUCUUGUUCAAAUACCGGAUCCACUGUCAAUAUGAGUAUGAGCGGCAUGUCAGUGACCAUGAAAAUGGCCCAACGGGGAUGCGUCGGAAUAGAAGCGGAGGAAAAAUGCGUGAAACUGACGCAGGAAGAUCCGGCCGUCACUCAGCUAUUCCCUACCGAUUCACUGAAGGCACUGGGACUCGGGGACUUCGGCAUCGACAUGGAGUACUGCACCUGUAACGGGAACCAAUGCAACAGCAGGGAAAGGUCGCGUUUCAAUUCGGGCAGUAACGCGUCAGUAUGGAGUGCGUCCUUCCUGAUCUUAUCUGUCACUGCUGCCAUGCUGUUGUAGACGGGCAUGAACUUACGAUAUUCAUUCCACAGUUCUAGAGUUUGAUAAGUCUUUUUAGAUGAUCUUUACCAAUCAAUCUUUAAAUUUGUAUUCACAUAAAAUCAAUGUUAUUGUAGAAUAGCCUUUCUUAGACACUUUUGUAGUUUUGUGUAGCCCAAACCGUCUGUUGCGCAGCUAUUUUGUAUCCACGACAGCCCUAGAGCCUAAAAUGAGUCUUCAUUGAGCAAACAACUCGAGACGCUGUGUUUGUCUGCGUAUAUAAGUUUUCUGACACGUUAGCUAUAUGUUGGAUGUGCCAGUUCCUGGGCUUGUAUUGCCUUGCGACUAGCUGAAACAACCUUGACGUCAUCCAUGAUAAGCGGAAAUAUGAUUUCACGGUUAUUAUAUACCGGUGUGAUGGUUUUUACUUAUAGGGAUAACGACUCAUCAUGUUAAUCUACUUAAUUUUGUAGAAUUAGACAAUUCCCUCUAUUUUCUAUUCAAGUUACAGUAAAGAGGCAGUAUACUAGAUAGGGAAAGAAACUACUACUACUUUAAUAUGGCAAUGUAAUGUGAAGUGGAAAAAAAGAAUGAGUGCACCUUAUCAACCAGGCGACAAAAGUCCAGUAAAGACAAAAAGAAGUCUCUAAACGUACAUGUAAGCAAAAUUUUAUUAAGGUUAUGUUAGAGUAAUGAAUAUAAUAAAUAAAGUAAUGAAUUUUAAAAAAAAUAGGGACACACAAAAAAAUCGUGAAUUAUAUUUUUCUUGCCAAAAUCCCCAGUACUGUUUCUUUAGCAAUAAGAUCGUGGAUGAUGAGUAUUGGAAUGGAGUGAUUGUGUUUUUAAUAAAGAUCAGUAUAUGCCAAACA